AUGCCCACGAAACCCCCCACAGCUUCUGACUUCCCCCCACAUCUAACCCUAACAAUCACGCCCCCUCAAACCCCCUCAUCAAACCCAACCCGCCCACCCCCGAACCUCCUCCUCCUCCUCCACGGCAUCGGCGACACAAGCGCAACCUUCAGCACCUUCGGCCGCGCCCUCAACCUCCCCGAAACAACCGUCCUAACCCUCCAAGCCCCCGCCCACCUCCCCUUCGACCUUCCGGGCUACCACUGGGGCGACGACAUCUCCUUCGACCCUACCACCGGAGCCUUAGACAUGGACGCGGGGUUCGCGCGCACAACACGCACGCUCGUCGACGAGGUGAUCAGGGACAUCCUCGUCAAAAGGUGCGGGUAUAAGCUGCGGGAGAUUAUGAUUUUGGGGUUUGGGCAGGGGGGCAUGGUGGGGCUUGCUGCGGCGCGGGAAUUGGGGAUUCGGCCUAAGGUCCAGGAUGUCGGUGGGGAGGGGGAGGGGGAGGGAGGUAGCAGUAGUGCGUUUGGGGAGCUUUCCGGGGUGAUUUCUAUUGGAGCGCCGUAUCCGGUUUCUGGCAGUGUGGUGGGGGGGAAGAGUCGGACGCCGGUGUUGCUUGUUGCGGGGAGGGAUUCAGGGGUUGUGAGUGACGGGGCGGAGAAGAGGACGAGGGGCGUGUUUGAGUUUGUGGAGGUUGCGAGGUAUGCGCGGAAAGGGGAUGGGAUGCCUAAAUCUAGGGAGGAGAUGUUGCCUAUCAUGAGGUUUUUGGCGCGGAGGUUGAGGAGUUGGCAGGGGGUUCCGGAGGGUAGUGUUGAGAUUGCUUAG